AUGGAAUCGGUAGAGCUUGUAUUGGAAUCAGUUGGGAAUGAUUAUCCGGGUUUAGUACGUGAAGCUCUUGCUGGAAAGGAACCAAACACGUUAUGUUCAGGCUCCCUGUCCAGUUGUGGUUAUGCUUGGCUAAUAAUUGGUCAAAGUCUGUAUGUGUGGAAGUAUGAUGCGGAGGAUGACUAUAUAGGUGCACCGGCAGUACUUAAUAUGCCACCAUCUGGGCUUCCAUACAAUGCACAAACUGUUUGCAUAUAUAAAAGACAAGGUUUUUCAACAUUGGGUAUAAUCGCCGUAACACCGGAAGGUGUUGUCCGACAUUGGUCUAUGCCAGAUCGUCAUUUUAGUGAUAGUUCAGUUGAUCUCGAUCGAGAGGUUGCGCUAUCAUUAACAAGGGUUAAUUUGCAAUCAUCAGAAGGAAUAUGCUUUCUUCUGGCAACAACGACAUGCUCAUUGUUCUUAUUGAAUGUCAAUGUGAGUAUUGCUCCUACACCAGGAAAAAGACAACGAUUAUCUUCCGAAAUUACCAUAAAAACAAUUCAUACAAAUGCACGAAGCGGUAUUAGUGGUAAAUUGGCUUCAGCAAUCUUUGGUGAAGGAAGACAAUCUGGAGCAAAGUUAGUUAAAGCUCUGGUAUAUGAACAGUCAAACGGUGAUUUGGUGAAUUCACGUUCCAAUGCGUCAAGUAGUUCAAAUUCUGUUGUUGCCAAGAAUAUGCAUAUACUUGCUGCAACCGAACAUCAUCUUUACUCGUAUUCGAUAAGAGAUUCUGCUAAAAUUUGGAGCUGUCAAUUGGCAAAUAUAGCUAGCGAGCAUUUUGCAUUAAAUCUAUGGAAUUCAUAUGACGUUGAGGAGUGUAGCGAAUGGCAUGAAGAGAUCAAAACUUGGAUACUGGAUGUGGUUAACAUCAGGAAUGGUGCAUUGGUCUUAUUCGCAUGUAGUAAUAAAGUUGUUUCUAAGCAGAUAUACUUUGCUUUUGGUUAUAUAUCGGAAUAUGAUGGUGCACAUCCUCCUGCAGAUAUAGAAUGGUUUUGUGUUUUAAAGGCUCUCUCAGACAAGUACGAGAUAAGCGAAAAAAAUGCUUUGGCAGAUAUUGCAUUGAGAUUACCAACCGGCUCAGAGCAAGUUCUGCAUGACAAAAUGGAAAGUGUUCUUGUGGUUACACAAAAAGCUAUUUAUUCUUUCUCUCUGCCGGAUCGAUUGCUGAAAAAAACUCCAUUCAAAUUGGUAUUAUGUGCUAAGUACAAUGCUACAUUUAUUAGUUCGGGUCGUGAUACACGAUAUUGCUAUAUUUUCUUGGAGGAAACUGGUUUACAACGAGUACGAUUACUUCCUAGAGGAUUUGAUGCAAAUUUGGCACAAACUAUAGCACAAAUGAGUAAGAUGGAAGUUCAUCCAAUAAAUUUAUCAAGUGUCACAACUGAUCGUCGUGCACUCGCCAUGGCAUUCUAUCUCUUUUCAAAAGCUGACUUGCAUGAAGCUAACAAAAUGAUGCAAGAACUUUUGGAGAAUCGACAUACUGGAAUAGCUCAGAUAUGUGUUGAUUAUGCAAUUGAUUUAGCUGAUGAUAUUCCGAAUGAUGAACGUUGGAUUGCUGUUAACCAUCCAUCUCAUUCAGUAGCAACAGCGGACCAGUUAUCCUCUAAAAGUUCAUUUUUAUUGGAGGUACACUUGGAAGAGCAGAAGAAGAGAGUGUUGGCAAUGUUUAUUCUUUUUAUUAAAAAUGUUGGAUUCGAUGAUAAAUUGAAUCGAACUAUUAAAACACAUCUUUCUCAGUCGCGUAGCGCACGUUCUCAAAUUGUUGAAUUAAUCGAAAAGAUUGAUAUUGCGAUUGAUUUAUAUAAAUGGAGUAAGAAAAAUCCGUCAUCAAUUUUUGAUGCAGCCAUAGAAAGAAUAUUAUCGAAGCGGAAAGAAGGCAUUGACAGAGAACGAGAUCUGCUCACUCGAUAUGAUUAUUUCUUCCGAGAAAUUUCUCGAAUUGAAGAGUUGUUCAAUGGACUUUUGGAAGAAGAAGAAGAUAUUAUAGGAAAUGAUGAUGAAAUGCUCGAUUAUAAGGUGGAAUGUGUUGAAUAUGUUGGUACUGCUUUAAUUAUUGGAAAAGAAGCGAUUGAUCAACGUCGUGAUGAUGCUGUUCUCGAUAUGGGAAAUGAUUUACGAUGGACGCAAGAAAAACAUAUAUUGAAACCAUUCAUAAAACAUUUGAACAUGUUAUUCAAUUGUAUCAAUCAAGCUGGUCAUGAAUGUUCAAAAUAUGUAGCAUUGUUGAAACAAGGUGUAGUUAUUGCUGCUUUCAUAAUGAAUGAGCAAGCAUUUGAUGAACGACAAAAUUCAUCAAUUGUUGCCAAAUUUUUGGAAAUUUCUGAACAUACAAUUGCUAUAGAAUUAGCUAAACGUUUUCAGGACUACAAAACUCUGAUACGAUUGGCAUGUGCUUUACCAGAUAUUGAAAGGAAAGCUAAAAUUGAAGAAUACAAGGAAUUCUUCAGUUCUGGCGACUUUUGCAACAUGUUAUAUGAAUAUUAUUUGGAAAAUGGAUAUAUGAGAGAUUUGCUGGAAGUGAAAGAACCAGAAGCAAAUCUUUUCUUUGCAACACAAACUAAUGUUGGAUGGAUGCGUGAUCUUGAAAAUGGCGAUUUUGCCAAGGCAUGUCACACUCUUAAAACGCUCUCACGGAAAUCAAACGACGAUGUUAUACUUAAAAGGCGUUUGCUUUCCUUUGCAAAACUUUCUGCCCUUUGCGAAGAUGAAGUGGAUGAGAACUUCUUGGAGGGUGUUAAACGUGACCUCAAUUUGAUUAAGCUUCAACAAAAACUUGACCCCAAUUUAGAAAUGAAAUUUGACUCACCUGAUCCUGUUUCAAAGAUACGAUCAUGUACUGCAGAAGAGAUUAUAAGAGCAAAUUUGAGUGAUACGUCAUGUAAUAUUGAUCGAUGCUUUGACGCACUGCUCACAUUAUCAACAUUGAUCGACGAAGAAGCAUCAAAUGGAAUAGCAAGUGAUUUAGUACAUUCUUUGCAAACUAAAAUAUGGAUAGCAGCUGUAAGGGCAAACAGUGAAUAUUGGAAAAAAGUGACACCAGAUGAUGAUCCAAGAUAUCCAACAGUUUAUAGCGAAUUGUUAGAUAGGAUUGUUGCAUGUGAUGAAUUAUCAAGCGAGCGAAAAAUUGAAUUAAUACCUGAUACUAAAGAAUUGGCUGAAUGCUUGACAGAAUUUGCUCAUAACAAAUUAUUCGGUGUUUUACUUCGAACCAAUGAAGAGGCUGCUCGAAGAAGUAUUUCAGAUAGGGAAAGCAUAAGGGUCAUCUAA